AUGCGAGUUUCUUAUUCGCUUAUCGCUGCUCUGUUACUGUCUCUGCAGCCCGUCUUUUCGGCCCCGUUGCCCAUUGUGGAGGAGGACCUCAGCGGUGCACUCGAAGCACGGAAGACAAAGGCCGUCGCAAAGAAACCUGUUGCGGCAAAACCCAAGCCGAUUGUGAAGCCGAAACCAGUUGCGAAGCCGAAGCCUGUGGCAAAACCGGUAGCAAAGCCGAAGCCAGUUGCGAAGCCAGUUGCGAAGCCAGUUGCGAAGCCAGUUGUGAAGCUCAAGCCAGCUGCGCAACCUAAACCAGUCGCAAAGUCAGCGCCAAAAGCCGCGCCUUUGCCGAAGAAGGCAGCUCCGAAGGCUGUUGCCUCAAAACCCGUGGCAAAGCCUGUGGCUAAAUCUGUUGCUGCGAAGAAGCCUAUUGCGUCGAAAGCGGCUACUAAGCCUGCAACGAAGCCCGUGGCCAAACCAGUCGCAAAAAAGCCUGUCGCGUCCAAAGCUCCGGUAAAGACAACCGUGGCUAAGAAACCUACGACUGCUAAAACACCACCGGCACCAGUCGGAGAUUUCUGCCCACUGCCUGCAAAGUCCAAGACCCGACGUUUCUUGGAGUUUGUCGGGCUUGUGAAGCGAGCGCCAACUUCCUGCGACCCGUCAACCUCCACUACACUAUCUAAAGCCCAACAACGCAAGAAGGCAAAAGCUGAUAAGAAGAAGGCGGCAGAGGCUCCAGCUCCAGCUCCAGCUCCAGCUUCAGCUCCAGAGACGGCAGAGCAGGGAGGCGCAGCGCCGCCUUCGGAAACGGCAGACAAGACUGGUGAUGCAGAACCUGCGAAAGCCGAAACUGGCGACGCACCGCCCGAGAAAGCCGAAACACCCGCAGCCCCAGCAAACGAUAAGAAGGGCAAGGGCAAAGCUACUCCGGCAAAUCCACCAUCAAAUCCACCAGCACAACCCGCAGCCCCGCCGGCUCAGCCUGCUCCACCGGCUCCCCCACCACGCACACCCGUCGUAAACAAUGCACCAACGAGGGGCGUCAAAUGCAACAAUGAUGCGGGCUCGACGACGACAAUUACCUUGGCUAACGUGCAAAAGGCGAUAUCGCUGGCGGUUGCGACUCCCCCAUUUGAUCAGAAGAAGGCAUCGACAAGAGGAUUCUUCCCUCAUGUUUUCAAUAACCUCACCCCCGGCGCAGACGGGCGAUUGCAACGCGAAGUCAAUGUGCCGGCCGGAGUCUGCCAAACUUCCAAAUUGCUGGAGCACGCUGUGGGUUCGAACAUGAAUCAAUUCAGGAAUAGCGAUCCGACGGAACUGCGUCGUCUCAAUCUUUUCCGGGUGCUGAUUACACAGCCUGACGCAAACGGCGACACGACCUUCUGUGGUGUGAUGACGCAUGGUUCGUUUGGGGGAACUGGGCGAUUUGAGGCGAAUUUGUGUGCAUCGGCUUGA